AUGACCGAUCGCAGCAAGAAAUUCGAAUUGUUGGAGGAACAUAUCGAAAGUGUCAUUGACCACUGUCGUGAGGCCGGUAUAAUAGUUUGCGACUAUCAGCCCGGUGUCGCGUUCCACAAAAAGAUUAAUGACUUAGUUCUCAAAUUGCAAGAUGUUGAUCGGAUGCAACAAGAUGUGCAAGAUGUCCUGGUACCAAUUGCGGUAUUUUCCAAAAUCGACGCAGGGCAGAACCCCCAAAUAUAUAGCCGAGAGUGCAUGGAACGCGUCAUAGCCCACAACGAAGUGGUUCGCGGCAAGUUAGAGAGCCUUCGUCGUUUUCGAUAUCUGCUGAUGGCGGAACUCUCGAAACGAUUCCCCGGCGAAAUGGCGAACUAUCGAUCAAUGCGAGACGAUGCUGAACCUUCCCAGCAAAGCUCUCAACCAAACUCAAACGACAAUCUCCUCCAGACUGGUGGGUCUAGCUCGGACACUGGGCUCGAGUCAAUCCUACCUCCUGCUCGAUGA